CUUUUCAACUGGAGAGAAUUAGGGGUCCAGUGUAGCUUAGAAAGCUGCAGCUUCACACUGACAGUAACUCAUCUUCUUUAACUAUAACUAAUUUACCUAAGUCCAACACAGGAAAGGAAGACGGCAGAACCUUUGUAUGAGGUGGUUCCUCGGCAAGGUACUCCGUACACGGCGCGCAUCACAAAGCAUCGGGGCUUUCCACGUAAAUUUGUCAGCAUAGACACUCAGUAAGCGCCAAAAUUUCGGCUCGACUUGGUGCAAUUGAGCAAGCUCUGGUCCAGGCGAAUUAUAUUUGAAGGGUCUGGAAAUACCAACAGGUCUGUCCUUGCUAGCGUAGUAAAUGUUGCAGAAUCCGGGAUUUCAAAGUCGUGCCGUCGCCAAUUCGAAAAGUCUACCUUUGCAGCCGUCGUUGGAAUUAUCAGUAAUUAAAAACGGAACCCCGCCGCCACGUCUCGAACCACAUGUAUCCCAUGUGAAUAAACUUUGCGAGUUGAUCUUUAACUUGAUACUUAUGUAUCCAUGAAAAUUCCGCGCCCCGACUUUUCGCAAAGAGCUUCCAUCACCUAAUAACCUACCUACAAGACCUACCGAGCAGGAACAAACCCCUCGUUGGGCAGAAUAGCAAAGGCAACCUCUUCUCCCGAAACAUGACGAAACUCGUUCUAUCAACCGGGAACAUCGUCUCGGGAGGUCCCUCCAUAAUCCGGAAGCCGGGCGCUUUCCGAUCGAACCUCGAACUCACAAACUCGCUACGAAGCAACUUCCUUGCUGCGCAGGAGUACUACGCCGCCGAGGCCGAAGCGGCGGCGCACAACAACAACAACAACGGAAAUGGCGCCGGUAUCGGCAAUGGUAAUGGCAAUGGGAACGGCAUCAACGGGGACAGGCGCAGAGUGCCUGCUUCCAUAUGGACGACCAGGGAGAAGGCGUCGCUGAAGAGGAAGGCUGGUAACGGUGACGCCGCGAGGGAGCCGCAGCAAGAACAGGACGAGCAGGGUGAGGUUCUGUUCGUGCCGCGCAUAGACUGGUUCGCGGCCGGGCUUCAGGAGGAGGCUUCACAGUACGAUAUCACGGCGAAGCUGUUCUUCCUGCCGACGGCUCCUGCCGCGUCGCGCCGCCGGUACGCCCGCGAAGCAUUAUCGCUGGUGCUGAGGGAGCUCGGUGUUCGGGCGGUUGACCUUCUCAUAGUGUCGCUUCCUGGCAUGUCCUUUGAGGGAGACUGCGAAUGGGAGGCCGACAAGAAGAACGGGGAACAGGGUGACGACGAGGAGGAGGCAGCGACAUGGCGGAUCGUCGAGGACCUGCACAAGGAAGGCCUUGUCCAGCGUCUUGGUCUUUCCGAGUUUGGCAGCGAGAAGCUGGCCAGGUUCCUGGCCAGGAAGCCCACAAUCCGUCCUGCAGUGGACCAGAUUAACGUCAAGAACUGCUGUAGUGUGCCGCCGCCGCUGGCGAAGCUGGCUAAGGAACAGAAGAUCGAGCUGUUGGUGCACAGUGACUGCACCGAUAUUCUACCUCAAGGCACGCUGCGCGAACUGCUUGGGCCGGGGAUCCGCGGGGCUGGCAUACUCGCUUCCGAGUCUGGUGGCGAUGAUGAGGAAUAUGAGGGUGGCCUCCUCAAGGGCGAGAUCAUUCCCGAGUGGGUGAUUAAAUACACCGCAGUGGUCAGGGACCGCGGUGUCAUUGAAAACAAAGGCUAUUUUGCUGGGGCCGAGCUUCGCCAGACAUGAAUUGGUUAGAGCUGGCCUGCCACUGUUGCUCAGGGCAUCUUUUCUUUGCAUCAUGCACAUAUUCAGGAUACGGGUAGCGUGCGGUACUGUUUGGCUUCUUUUAUCACGGAAUGACGAGCGAGACUCCAAGGACAUGUAGAACCUGAAAUGCGUGAGACGGCAAUGCUUUUUUUAUUUUUAUUUUUUUUAUUUUUUUUAGAAUCUUUGUGCCCUGAGGCUUGAAUAAAACAUGACAUAGACUAGUGUCAUAUUAUCAUGGCUCUUCAUGGUAGUUUUGUUUAUUCCGGUUCCCGUUUAG